AUGACAGUCUCGGCCACUCCUCCCUGCGGAAGCUUCACUGUCGAUUUCUCCAAGGACAAUGUCACAGACUUCCACGUCGGCGGUGAUUUCAUCGCAAUGACUUCCAUCCACCCCAUGGCAACCUGGCUCUUCCGCGCCACGCUUGAUCAGACCGCGUCAGGGAAUUGGUCAGAUCUAUUGUCGGCCGUCGUGCAGACGGGUCUUGGAGACUACUGCGAGACUGGUAUUAUGGUACCUUCGACUUGGGCUGGUUCAAAGGGCGUUGUUGGAGUUGUGCAGGAUGCGCCUGAUGGAAUUUUGUAUCAGUGUUCAACGGUCAACUUCAUCGCCGGCUUCAUCACGCCUUCCGGUAUCUGCAAGAACGUGACCGGCCUGUCCGCGGCGUACACUACUGAUGCGAAGCUUUCCUCUCUUCCCGCCACCGCAGCUGCAACCUCAAACCCGGCCACUUUUACCGGCACCAGUACUAGCACUGGUUCUACCGCUACCAGCACUGCCAAGGCUUCAGAAGCCCAGACUAUCGAUCCAUAUGGUGGACUGAGUAUGCUCGUGGGGCUCAUUACGAUCGGUUCAGCGACACUUAUGGCGGGCCGCCUGUGA